UUAUGUUGAUUAAUGUUGAGUUGAACAAUACAUUUUGUAUAACCAUAGAACUAUGCUCACUAGGUAACAAGAUGACUAGCAUACACUACUUUAGUAAUAUUAAACAAAUAUUGGUUGAUUCUGGAAAACAUUAUCAAGAAAGUCUGUUAUCACUGUCCUUGUACGUUCUUCAAUCGUAUGAACAAAUGUGUAAUUCCGCCACAAUCAUGAAACCAUUCAUGCUUACACUUAUCCUUACUCUCGUAGUAGAACCAAGACCUAGGUUUGAGUUAUCAAGAGAGAUUUGCUCCAAGGAAAAUAUAGGUAAAGAAGAUAACAGUUAUGAGAUCAGUGAGAGUGACAUUUCCAGCUGCAGUGACAACCCUAGCUCAAGUUCUAGCAGCAGUUCAAGCUCUAACAGCAGUUCCAGCUCUAGCAGCAGUUUCAGCUCUAGCAGUAGUUCCAGCUCUGAAAACCUAUGUGACAGUUCCAACGAAAGUGAAGACAAUGAUGAUGAUUAUGAGUAUUAUGGCACUUACGAGUAUGACUACUACAAAUAUUAUUACUGUGAUCAUGAUGAUAAACGUAAUAAUGACAGUGAUGAUGAUGAUGAUGAGUAUGAUAAUGAUUGUAAUUAGAAAGAUCAAUAUUAAAAGUCUUUGUUCAAUACAGAACUGCUUUAUCAUA